GUUGAGAAUAACGGCCGUGAUCACCAGAGCCACGUACAGGAAGAGUGCGACCCACCAGCAGAUACGCUCCCACCGCCUCUUCUUCAGGUUCAUCAGGAUGUUGAUGCCCAUCAGAACCCCGGCGAUAGCGCCUGCCAGCCUGGUUUUGAAUGCUGAAAUCUAUUUAUUAUGUUGUGCUACAUAGUGUUGCAUGACACAAAAAUAAGAUACUCACAGCAAAUGAAGCCAUUCUAUAACAUACGAACACUCUUAAAUGGAGGAAUAAUGACGCCGCGUUGCCAUGGCUACGGCGUCUAACAACAAACAUGGCGACCAAGAUCACCAAAUGGACGCGGGAACGAGGUGGGCAGAAAGAUUUCGCUGAUCUAACUCGCAGAAGUCACCAGCGUCUCAAAAUUUGCCUCACAAGCCACGACGCCGCCAAGAUGAGAGAACUGGCUCAAUGCGCCACCAGAGGCGACACCCAGAAGAGGCAAGAGUCGAGCAGGAAACUGGAGAGUAGAGAGGACGCGGUUAUUCGCAGGAAAAUAGAGAGACUACGAGCUCAGCUCCAUGACGUCACACUCAGUGAGGAGACGCAGCAGCAGUCGCCGGCGAAGGCGGAGAAGGACCUGGCAAAGAGGAGCGUGGAAGAACUUCAGCGAGAGGCACAGAAAAGGCAGCGAAUAGUGACGAGGGCUCGAACCCUCGUUCCCACGACACCCGCCCCCACAACACCAAAGCAGAGAGCCCACACCAUCCAUGAGCAGGUGCUGAAGGAGAGAGCAAGACAGGUGAAGGAAAAGGAGGAGCGAGUGAGAGAGCACCUGGAGGAGGAGGCGAGGUGGGCGAGGGUGGUGGUGAGGAACCAACAACAGUUUAAGGAGGACCGAUGGAAACAGCACCUCCACAAGACUCACAAGAAGGAGGCAUUCAAAAAGGACCUCGAUAGAUUGUGUGAAGAGCGAGCAGCCAGCCGGGAGACUGAACGAGCCCACCUCCAGCGUCUCCGGCAGGAGUUGGAAGGCAGCGAACAGGUGUAUCUCCAGUAUCAACACCACCUCCACACACAGGCCGCCCAAGAGAAGGUCAGGAAGCGAGAGGAGCUCUUGAACGAGAUCGAGCAGGUAAGGGCGAGGCAGCUACAAGAGGCACAGAAAGAGGACGAGACGAGAGAGUCGCACCUGAGGUACUCUGCAGCCAAGAGAGCUUACGCCAGGAGGAUCAAACAGAGGAUCCUGGAUAAGAUGAAGGGCAAGAGGACUCCCGUGGCAGGAGCUCCUGAAGAGGAGAGGAGAACGACAGAGACGUGAGGGAUUUUAAACUCUGCGGGCUCACCAUAGCCCGUGCUACUUGGAACUUUUUGUUCCAGGUAGCGAAUCUUUAACAACAACAACGUGAGGGGUUGUAGGAGUCAAGAAUUUAUUCAACCACUUACGAAACCUUUACAUCUUUUCACACACCACGGCGGCUUUGCUUACAUUUACGUAACAGUGUAUGAGUUCCGAAGCGCUACGAAGUUGUUUAUAACAACCGAUUCAUAAAUGUAAACAAAGCCGCCAUGAUAAAGGAAAGAUGUACUGGUUUCGUAUGUGGUUGUAUUAACCCCUGAUAAAUCCCGUGAGGCCAGAUUCACGAAGCAGUUACGCAUGUACUUACGAAUGUGUACAUCUUUCCUCAAUCUUUGUCGGCUUUGGUUACAUUUAUUAAACAGUUUACAAGCAUGAAAAUUUUCCAAUCAACU